AUGGAAUAUGGUGUCUAUGUCCAGCACACUUUUGGAGGCAAUAUGAUUCUAGUGUGUCUUUAUGUUGAUGACAUAUUGCUGGCAGGGAGCUAUUGUGAUGAUAUAGUUAAAUUCAAGAAGGUGCCGAUGAAUGAAUUUGAGAUGACUGGCCUAGGAAAGUUGGUAUACUCUCUAGGGAUGGAGAUUUUGUACUCUGAGAAGGGUAUCAUUCUGCAUCAGCUGAAGUAUGAACUUGAGCUUUUGAAGAGAUUCGAGCUGACAAAUUGUAAGUCUGCAGUCACACCUAUUGAGACGAAUCACAAGCUUGAUUCUGAUGAUGAGGGUGAUGAUAUAGAUGCUACAACUUUCAAACAGUUGGUAUACUCGCUAAGAUAUCUCUGUAAUACCAGACCUGACAUUUGUUACGCAGUUCGAAUGAUGAGUAUGCUUAUGAAUAAACCAAAGUGGUCACACUACCAAGCUGUUGUUAGGAUUUUGAGUGUUGCGUUGUCAAUCGGUGAAGCUGAAUACAUUGCAGGUGUUUUGUCUAUAUGUCAAGCAGUUUGGCUAGUGAAUUUGUUGCAGGAUCUGAAGAUCAAGGUGAUGAAGCCUGUGAAGUUGAUGAUUAGCAGCAAAUCUACCAUAAUCCUUGCCAAGAACUGA